UUUGACAUUGAUGUCUGUCUUUUCGAUCUGUCAGCUUUCCGAGUCCGUGCGUGAUUCCUGAAAUCACAUUCCUAGUUUUAGAAACAGUGUUAAUGUAAAAAAAAGAAACUAAUAAAAUGUCCCUAUUUAGUGAUUUGCUGCCUAUAAACAAAAAUGAAGAAAAAACAAGUAACACAAGCGCGGCGGGGUUAUCGCCGUACCUCAAUUUUGAUCCUCACUAUAUACCAAAAUCUCAACCAGAAUUCCUAUAUCUCGACGACAGACAUAUGGCAUCAACUGCUAGAAGAUCCAACGUAGCUCUACCCAUCAUAGGAAUGUCCUUCAUGAGUGGUUCAGGUUUGGGAGGUAUGGCAGGUCUAUACAAAGGAUUAAGAGCUACAACACUGGCUGGACAAACAGGAAAAGUUAGGAGAACACAAGUAGUCAACUAUAUUAUGAAACAGGGAACAACAACAGGUUGCACUCUGGGCAUCAUAGCAUCAUUUUAUUCCUGCAUUGCUCUCGGAGUGACAUGGCUUCGUGAUAAAGAGGACACCUCCAACACCUUCAUUGCAGCAGCGACCACAGGAAUGAUCUACAAAAGUACUGCAGGCUUACGCUCAAUGGGCUUAGGAGCAGCUGUGGGUCUUACUCUAGCAGGAGUCUAUACCCUAGUUACCGACAAUGACAAUAUAUGGAGUAAAGCUAGAUACAACCGAAUGUGAUUCUCUACCGCCUACCUUAGUAAUUAUGUAUAUAAUAGACUGUUAUUUUACAGCCAUUUUCAAUAACAAAUUCUUAGUAAGAGAUAAAGUCUUAUUACUUUAUAUUUUUUUUGGUAAGUAGGUAAAAAUAUUGUAAUAAUAGCUAAGUUGAGAAAUGGUUAUCAUCGUUGGAUGAAUAGCAUACAUCUCGUUU